GUUGCAAUGUAUUGGUAUUUGCGGAAUAGAAAAAAAAAUAAAAAGGCAAAAAAAAAGAAAAUUGUGGGUGCAUCCUUUUAUUGAGAAAAAAAAAAAAGAAUGUUUGUUGCUGCUAAGGAGCUGCACAGACAUCCAUUAAAAUCCAGUUCAGCAUUUUGUUGUGCCAUGAUAAACAAAAAACAAAACUUCGAUAAAUUAAAAAAAAAAACGCCAACACACACAGCUUGAAUGUUGCUUCGCAACUGACACGUCCAGUCUCCCGGCAACACGAAGGCGAUACGCAUUUGGAUGUGUCUUCGGCGCAGCGUUGGUGGGGAAAAAAUGAUUUUAAAACAUGGGUUCGACACGAAAGAUACACGCUGGCGACAUCACGGAGAAGUGGCGUCGCUGUCGUGUAUCUUUGGUGGGACGACGGCCUUAGUCGCCAGCAAACUGUUGCCUCGCGAUAUUGUUUUUUUUUUUGGAAAUGGCCGCCGAACGAGACAAUAAUUUAAAAAUUGUCAUUGAAGUGGAAAAAUUUCCAUGUUUGUAUAACUUCAAACGGUCGGAUUAUUCAAGGAAGGACAUAACCGAAAAAGCGUGGCAUGAAAUAUCAAAAGAAACCAAGUUUUCUGAUCAAGAAUGCAAAGAGAGGUGGAAAAACAUUCGAUCAGCAUUUGUACGCAGCCUGAAGCCAGCCCCGAGUGGUUCCUCGGCAAAGUCAAAGAAACCAUACUACCUUCAUGAUUAUUUGUUAUUUAUUCUGCCCUAUAUCAAACCAAUAAAUACAACCAAAUCACCAGGAAAUAUUGAGGGCCCACCAAAUCCUUCAGAAACUCAAGUCGCUUUGCAAGUGGAUGAGACUGCCGCAAAUAACCAUGAAGAUGAAGAAUCACCUGCACCAUCAGAAGUGAUAUUUAAUAAUAACUCCGAGAGAGAAGAUUCUGUCCCUAUUACUUCAAAGUCGGCGAAGAACCCACAGUACAACACAACAGGGAAAAAGAACAUGUACAAUAAUUUGGACAAAUCAUUUUUGGAGUAUUUGCAGAAUAAGAAAAAAAAACUUGCCCCUACUGAUGAUAAUGAAACUGCUAGAAAAUAUUUUUUGCUUAGUUUAUUACCCGACAUUAAAACACUUACCGAUGAUCAAAUGCGACACUUUAAGCUAGAAGUUCUGCACUUGAUUGACAACAUAAAGAAAAGCUCAGGACCAUCUACAAUAACAACCCCACUUUCCUCCACUGGCUCAAAUAAUUACCCAUAGUCUUCAUCAAGAAGUGUUUCAUCACGACAUUCGUUUGGUACAAAUAAAAUAUAUUCAGUUAAUAAUGGACUAUGGAAAUAAAGUUAAUAAUGGAAAUUUCACUUCGGAGGCCCAGAUAGGAAUCACUUCACCACCAAAUAAAUAUGAACGGGAAGAACAAUCUCAUACCAAUCAAACCUUUUGGGAAAACCUUUAAAAUCCCAAUAACUUUAUAAUAUUUACUAUAAAUAUUUAAAAUGUCAAAAAAAUUAAACUUUAUAAACUAAAGAAA